GUUUGUACGUGGGUACCGGUGGAUCUAGAAUUUACCAUAAUCUGGUAAACGACUCGUAUGGGAAAAUCCAGUAUAAAAGAAGUGUCAACCAUCCGGACGGACAUCAGUCGACUGGUGAACUAGACUUAAUAUGAAGUUACUGGUGGUCCUUGCCUUGGCCACUUUGGCCUUGGGUCACGAGGCUUUUGAGGCCCAAAAAAUAACCCAGACCAACGAUGUACCUCAGGCUGCUGCAGCUCUUCAAGGUCAACAAGCUGCAUCGCCGGAGGAGCCAGGAUCAGAUAAGAAAGUAGAUAAGAGAAGCUACGGUUGGGGUCCUUGGGCCUGGGGUGGCGGCGGUCAUGGUGGUCAUGGUGGACAUGGUGGACAUGGUUGGCCAUGGUGAGUACCGUGUGUUUGU